AUGUUCACCUCCAAUAGCAUCCACAAGGCAAUUUCUCUCCUUGCUCUCCUCUGUUGCAUUAUUUGUUUGAGCAGCUUUUCAUUGGCUGUUCCAGUCAAUAGAAAGGGAAACUUUGUUCAGAUCUAUAAAUUCCUUCGUCCUGGCUGUCUCAUUAAAGAUUUGAAUACUGUCGAAUUGUUCCAUGCUACCAGUAUGUGUUACAGGGAAAAGUAUGGUUGGUCAAACUCAGUUUGUAAUGGUGAUUAUGGAAUAGUCCAAUCACUCUGUACUAAGGGAUGUGGAAGAUGUGAUUCCACUAGAAAUGUCAAAGUUAAGGGAUGUGUUAACACUGCCACUGAAUCUACCUUGACAGCUUGUGGACCAUUGGUUAUUGAUAUUCCAGAUGACAUGUUGUGGAGACUCAGCUAUCCAUGGGGUGAUUAUGCUUCCAGUUGUGAUGUUGAUAAACUUGCUCCAAUUAAUGUUGUCAGUGCUAAGGGUCAACGAAUUAAUUCAUGUGGUCCAGUUGCAAAUUCAUUCUCUGGUGAAUACUCAACUACCACUUGUACUAAUUCCUAUUUUACAACCACUACUUAUAAGGAUUCUGGUUGUAAGAAACCUGUUGGAGGAUAUUAUGGCAGCAGUACUGGUUUGUUGAGAUGUGAGAGAUAUUCUGAUUUCAAGUAUACUUGUAAUGUUUAA